AGACAAGUGGGAUAAAAUAAAAAACAAUUACACACCAAAAUCUCUCUCCCAAACAACAUGGGACAUGUCCAAUUAGUGUGAAAUCUCUCAUCAUCUUUCAACCCAUGUUUUCAGACAGUUGCCUUUCUUUACUUCAAUUUUUCAGGCUCACAAAAACAAUAUACACAGAGAGAGAUUGAGAGAGAUUGGGAGAGAGAGGGGGAGAGAGAGAGUGUUUUUAUAUUUACUUGAUGAGUAGGGGUUUUUGAUAAGUUGGGUAUCGAUGAAAGGGGAAGGGAAGAUGGUGUUCAAGUCUAAGCUCAAGUGGGUUGGCUUAGUUGGCCUUGUUCUUUCUGCUUUCUCUCUUUGUACUCAUUUUCUUCUGGCUAGAUACACUGAUGAUCAGGCGAUUUCACAGUACCAAUCUGCUAUUACUAUCUUUUCUUGGAGGCCUAUUUUUGAGAAUGCAGAUCUGUCCAGCUUGAAACCGCUGUAUAGAAGACUUUGGGGUCCAGUUAGGCGACUGGAAUCUUUACAUCCACAUGCUAACCCAAGAGGAAAUUAUGCAGUUCCAGUUUCACAAACAAAUGGGUAUAUCUUUGUUAGAAUUCGAGGCGAUUUUCAUGAGAUUAGAAGCUCAAUCAGUGAUGUUGUAGUCAUAUCUCGGCUUCUCAACGCAACUUUAGUCAUUCCUGAGAUCCAGUCAGCUACUAGUAGCAAGGGUAUCAGUUCGGAGUUUAAAAGUUUUGCCUAUCUAUAUAACGAGGAUCAGUUCAUGGCUGCAUUAGCAAAAGAUGUAAACAUUGUUAAAACCCUUCCGAAAAAUCUCAAAGGAGCUAGGAGAAAGAAAGAAAUUCCUACAUUCAAUGUGCCCCACUCAGCUUCGCCUUAUUUUUUUCUCCAUCACGUGCUACCAGUAUUAAACAGGCACUCUGUGGUCGAACUUGUUGUUUCCGAAGGAGGAUGCUUGCAGGCAAUUCUUCCUCCCCAUCUAGAAGAUUAUCAGAGGCUUAGAUGCAGGGUCGCUUUUCAUGCUCUAAGAUUCCGACAGGAGGUCCAGGAACUGGCGACUAAGAUAUUGAACAGAUUAAGGGCUACUCGUCGUCCAUUCAUUGCUUAUGACUUGGGGAUCACCAGAGAUGUGUUGGCAUAUUAUGGUUGUGCUGAACUCUUCCAGGAUGUGCACACUGAACUCAUCCAGCACAGACGAUCCUGGAUGCUAAAACGUGGCAUUGUGAAGGGGAAUCUUACUGUGAAUUCAGAAGAUCAACGUCUUAAUGGUUCUUGUCCACUUAUGCCCGAAGAGGUUGGUAUUCUUCUUCGUGCAUAUGGUUACUCAUGGGACACAGUAAUUUAUGUUUCUGCGAGAGAAGUUUUUGGUGGUCAAAAGAAAUUAAUUCCCUUUCAUGCCAUGUUUGAAAAUGUCGUUGACAGAACCUCCCUGACCUCGGCAUGGGAAUUGAAUAAAAUCUAUGGCCGCGAGCCUAACCUUGUUGACAAAUAUCCCAGACCUCCGCCUUCUGCCAAGGAAGAAAUAAAAUCUGAAGCGUGGAAAACCUCUGGUCCACGUCCUCGUCCACUUCCUCCACCUCCAGCGCGACCCAAGUCCUACAAUAUUGAGGGUUGGUGGGGUUGGGUGGCUGAGAGUGAUAAUGAGCCUGAGACUACAGUUAUGGAGUUACGGACGAAUGCCCACAAACUAUUAUGGGAAGCAAUAGACUACACGAUAUGUGUUGAAGCUGAUGUUUUUAUCCCUGGAUUCGACAGAGAUGGUAAAGGACACCCUAAUUUUGCAAGUUUGGUUAUGGGGCACAGGAUGUACCAAUCUGCUGCAUCAAAAACGUUCAGGCUGGAUAGGAAAAAAGUUGUCGCGCAUAUGGAAGAAAUUCGAGACCAUUUAUAUGAAGCUAAUCAUACAUGGAUAACAUCAGUACGCAGACACCUGAGGAAAAAUAUUAUUGAUGGAUUAGCAGAAGAAUCCACAAAAUCAAAAUCAUUAUCUUUUCUUUCAUUCCCUGUUCCUGAAUGUUCUUGCUUGAGGCCUGAUAUUGAAGCGUUAAAUCAUUCUUCAAGUGCUUCAACUCCCUCCCAGUUUCCAGCUGGCCUCGGAGCAAUGCACCCUUGCCCUUCUUGGAUAAACAACAGUACAAUCUCAUUACCGAAUGACAAAGAUACUGAUGAGGAUCUUGAUGAUGAUGUUACCACUUCUCAGUUAUUGUUUCGUAGCAGUAAUGAGAAUAACGAAGCUGAAGGCGAGGAAAUUAACACCAAAGAAGAUACCCAAAUGGAGGAUCAAGAAGAACUCGAGGGUGGUGAUAGCUGAGGAGAAGCUAACUCAGUCUUCUAGGAAGUGUGUAAAUAUAAUCUGGUUUAUAAUGAAUUAGUUGUUGCCAUGGUUAAAGAGAUCAUUAUAGCUUCAGCUUUAACAGUUGGUGCACCGUUCAUACAUCAAGCAAAUAACUCCUGCCCCUUAAAGCUUGAUGAAGCCGGUUCAUAUUGAUCUUGACAAAAUCGUAGUUAGUAUUCUCAUUCUAGAUUCUCCUAAUAGUUUCUUAACAAAAUUUUGGUAGAAUGUAGGAUGACAUAUUGAUGGUAUGUUUACUUUGGCAACAAUUGAACUAUAUCCAGGCUGUAUUUAAUUAUUUAUUGAUAUAGAACAUUCUAUAGUACGUGCUA